AGAAUUACACCUAUGCGUCAUAUCCAACGGACCGAUAACAUGUUCUCCGACUGAAGAAAGAGCUAGCACGGAAGCAAACUGUUUAAUGUUACUCACGAAGUUCAAAGACGGGAAUGUCGCCACAGUCAAACCCGCAGGCCGCUCAGUGUUAUAGCCACAGCUGCUGCUGAAGUAGAUAUUUUGCAGAAAUAGUGAUUCGUACAAAGGAAUGAGAGAUACUCACCAAGGAAGUCGACCAGCUGGCUAGCGAAAAGUAGCUAGCUAGGCUAGCUGUCGUUAGCACGGGAGUUCUUUGUUUUGUUUUUCAGUUGGAGGUCCGUGUAAACAUGAAGAGAAACUAGUUUAACAUUUGACUUUAGUGCGGGAGUUGUAUAAGCAUGCGUAUGGUUAUAUUUAGCAGGGUGUAGUUGAACUGUAAAUGAAUGGUCUCUGGGAUCUUAGACAACAUUAGCCACCGAGAGCAACUUUAGCAACAAAGAUCGGGUUUUUAUCGUCGGCCAGGAAAAGGACUGGAGACACGAAGACAUGGGCAACUGUCUCAAGUCCCCGACAUCAGACGAUAUCUCUCUGCUUCAUGAAUCCCAGUCAGACAGGGCGAGUUUCGGGGAUGGGACAGACCCUGACCUGGAGCCCCCUCCACCGUACCAGGAGCAGGCUCACAUGCCCAUGUACCACCCCACACCCAGUCAGGCCCGUCUGGCCACCCAGCUGACAGAGGAGGAGCAGAUCCGCAUAGCUCAGCGUAUCGGCCUCAUCCAGCACCUCCCCAAGGGUGUUUAUGAUGGAGGGCAGGAUGGCUCUGAGAAGAAGAUCAGAGAAUGCGUGAUCUGUAUGCUGGACUUUGUAUACGGGGACCCCAUCCGGUUCCUGCCAUGUAUGCACAUCUACCACAUGGACUGUAUAGACGACUGGCUGAUGAGAUCCUUCACCUGCCCCUCCUGCAUGGAGCCUGUGGAUGCUGCCCUGCUCUCCACCUACGAGACCAACUGAUUUUUCAGCCCCCCCCCCAAGCUUGGUUCAAACACAGCCCUCCCCCCCAGCCUCAAACAACACACACACACACACACACACACACACACACACACACACAUACAUAUACACAUACACAUGACAGCUGCCCUCUUAUAGACUGAGAGGAGCUUUAAAAAAUGUGUUGGCUGUUUUCUUGCACUUUGAAAAAAAUCAAAAUUUAACUCACCUAACGUUGGCCUUCCACACCCCCUGGUCCGAACAAUAAGCUGGUCUUAAAUGUCAGUCACACAACUGUUUCCAGACGAUCCCGCAUGAGUGUGUUUGUGAUCACGUAGGGUGUGUGUGUGCGUGUGUGUGUGUGUGUGUGUGUGUGUGUGCGUGUGUGUGUGUGUGUGUGUGUGUGUGUACCGGGUUGCUUGAUGACUGCAUCUCCACUCGAGCUGGUCUCGGUGGUGUCUCUCCCCAGUUCACCUUCAUUCCCACUUAGUUGUCAUUCAAAUGAAUAAUUAGCUAAACAGAUUAUUGACCAAAACGCUACAAGGUGUUGCUACAAAUCUGUUGGAUUCAAUUUGAAGUUUUCUGUGCCAGCAGUAAGACUUCCUCAAUAUAUUGAUCUCCUGCUCUCACAUUAAAAUGGCCCUACGCUUUUGGAGGUGGGGGAACACACAGCAACACAGCUGAAGUUUACACUGUUGGUGUUAGAUAAUAAAGGGGAAAUCUCUGUCCAGUUUGUCAGGAUUACAAGAAAAAUAUGCACAUGCUUAUCAGAAGUCACCCAAAGUUUAUAAGUACACAAAGUACACCUACAGGAGAUCAAAGCUAUGUGAUAUCUGUCCGCUAGGAAAGGCCAGACUUCAAAGAAAACGCUUUGAAUUGAAAGGAAAAUUUUGUUGUGUAACGUGAAUGUUUCACCGGGCGGUGUGUAAGUAGCUGGCAGCCAAUGUAAAGGGCUCAUUUGUGCAUGGGCAGGCGGAUCAGUCAGUCAAAAUUAGAAAUGCUUGCACACACUUUUCAUCUGAUCCAGAGAUUUGCACUUUACUUAGAGGACAGUAUCUAAACAAUAUAUUAAUAUAUGUACCUUAUAACCUUGCACUAUCAAUACUUCAUUCCUUUAUUUCCUGAGAUGCAAAAGCUCAAUAGCUGAAAAAGGUAUUUUCAAAGCUGUCAGUAGUCACUUAUCACAUUGAAGUCAGCCUGAAGAUGUAUUUCAUGAAAUCUGUGAUUCAGUAGUGUGAGCCUCCGCUUUGUUCCGCUUGACUUUUGAUUCUUGUGUGUUUUUGUGUGUGAGUGAAGGGACAGAGGUUUGCUCCGGUUUAAAGGAGGAGUUCCACAUUUUUGGAGAUACGCUUAUCUGCUUUCUUAUCAAGAGCUGAAUACACCAGUUGAUAACGAGCAUCACACAGUAUUUUGAGCACACAAACACUGUAGCAACAGGAGUUGGACAGUACUGUAUUUACAACUGAUUUAAUGGACACAAAUAAAACAGAAGUGCUAAUAAACUGUUUAUUGCAACAUAAUUCACGACUGUUGAUGCACAGAGCUUCCAUCUUUGAUUUUGAGGCCGGGUUGUUGAGAUUUCUUCAACUUUCUGAGUAGGAAAUCCAACUUCCAGUUUAAAUUAAUGACUGAAAACUCAAAAAUUCUGUCUGCAGUUAAAAUGGAGUGCACCAUAAAGAGGGAAAAACUGCUACCUUGACUCUAAGAUCAAACAUAUACUUAGCAGCACUUCUGAUGCUCAGUGAUUGGUGGUUUUAUUUUAGGACGAUUUGAGUGUUCGAUAAUGUGUAAAACAUGUAACUCCCAGUAAAACCAUUUUUAGUGCAGAUUAAUCACAAACAAGAUAUAACAUGUUAAUUAAUUAACUUUAAAGGUGCUGGUAGGCCUAUUUUUGAGCCAUGCUAGCUGUUUGCCCCUGCUUCCAGUCGUUAUGCUAAGCUAGUUACCUUCAAUCGUCUAGCUUCAUAAUCUGUGUACAAACAGAGCGAAUCAAUCUGCCCCUCCUGGCAAGACAGCGAUAAGCAAAUUUAGCAAUAUGUGGAACUGCUCCUAGAAGAAAGAGAAGAGGCUACAUUUGUGAAGUUGGAACUUUAAUCUUUUUAGAUUCCACAUUUGUCUUUUUCUUUAGUUUACGUCAUUUAUUUCCAUUCACUGUAGUUACAUUUCCUUUUAAUUUGUAGCAUUGUUUGUUCAAAGUGUGACUGUCUUUUUUUCUGUUACCUGUGUUUUAUCUUGUGUUACAUUUGUGUAAAAUCCACUUUUUAUUUAGGACGAGACUAUAUAACUUUUACACUGGUUUAAGCCUGACUGUGCAAACCUCUGUCCCAAAUGAAUUUCAGAGUGUGAGAGACUUCUUUUAUGGUGUGAUAGUUAAAACUGAGAUAUCAAGUUUUUCCAUUGAGCUUUUCCUUUGCUGUGUUUUUCAUCUUAAGUUUAUUCUAAAGAUUAAUAUUUCCUGUAA